GUGUCCACUUGAUCGAACGGCCGCCUGGUGGGAGUCUUUCUCCGGGGGGAGUGACGCAGGAAUGGAUCGUCGUGCUAAGGUGGAGGAUUAUAAGGCAGCGAUGUUGCUGAGCGGGGUCGGAGAUGCCCUGGGCUACAGGAACCAGCUGUGGGAAUAUAACCAGUCAGGGCCGGCCAUUCACCAGGAACUGAUGGAGCUCGGCGGACUGAAGAACAUCAAGGCCGAGCUUCCCGAUUGGCCGGUGAGCGAUGACACGGUGCUACACCUGGCGACAGCAGAGGGUCUGGCUACAGGGAAAAUAGGGGAGGAGCUGCUUCACGAGGUGGCCACUCGCUACGUGGAGGCCAUGAAAGACAUGGAGGGCAGGAAACCAGGCCCUUCGAGCAUCCUGGGUGUAUCCCUUCUCAGGCCGGGGGAGGAGGGGGGAUAUAGAGUGCCUUAUAACCUGGAGGCGACUGGCUGUGGGGCGGCAAUGAGGUCCAUGUGCAUCGGGCUGAGGUACCCCAAGCCAGACCAGCUGCUGUCGCUGGUGGCGGUGGCCGUGGAGACGGCCAGGAUGACCCACCCUCACCCCACCGGUUUCCUGGGAGCCGUGGCAUCGGCGCUUUUCACAGCGUACGCUGUCCAGCACCGGCCGAUCACCACCUGGGGUGUGGGCCUUCUCAACGAGGCCUGUCCAAUCGCCAAGAUGUUUGUCGAGGGUCGUGGCUUCGCUGUGGAGGAGACGGAGAGAGACUGGAAUUACUUCUGCGAGAAGUGGCAGUGGUACCUGGAUGUAAGAGGGAUCUCCAACGGGAUAGGUCCCGUUAUCUGGCCCACCUCCUACGGGCCAGCUGAGAGGGACGAGGCCUAUAAGAGUUUCAGCCUGUCUGGCUGGGCGGGACGAAGCGGUCACGAUGCUCCAAUGAUUGCCCUUGAUGCUUUGUUGGGGGCGGGGUCAGACUGGGAGGAGCUUAUGAGCAGAGCAGGUUUCCACGGAGGUGACAGCGACAGCACGGCCGUGAUUGCCUGCUGCAUCUGGGGCCUCCUCCAUGGCACCCAACAGGUCCCCGAGGGAAACUACAGCAACCUGGAGUACCGGGACAGAUUAGAGAAGAGUGCAGAGGUACUCUUCACCCUGUCACACUGACCAGAGGAUGGCGAGUGUCACACCACGCCGCUGAGGGGGAAACCGGGACAUACAGUGGGUCAGAUCUCUUGGACGUGCCGGGUGGUGCAUUGAUCCGAAGCUCUCUCUCUACGAGUCCCAGCGUGCCGUCAUCUUUACCUGGAGGGCUAGCCGAGCAUCCCACUGACCGACCCAGAGAACCCAGUCCCUUCGCCAAAAACAACUACACCCCCCUCACACCAACCUGUGGUCUGCAGAGGAUGGGGACUGAUACUCGCACAACCUCGGAGCUCCUCUUAGUGGUCAUUCUGCCUUAAUGCUAGAAGAAAAGGAAUGCUGCCAGUGAAUUAAUUGUUAACAAAUGUGAUGCAGAGAACACGUCUGGGUGGUAAUUAUCCUUUCUUUGUUCGGUUAAUUUAGUAGCAGAAGUUUAUGAAGCCUCACCUGAAUAGUUAUCACCAACACAAAUAAAACAUUGUCUGAUUAUUUCACAAUGCCUAGAAAAACAAAUGUAAGAAUAAAAAAAGAAAUUGUUUAAUAAAUCAGAGUUCUGCAGUUUAGUUGAAAACUUUAUUUUUUGGUCAUUGUUUUUUUAAAUUUUUUUUGAGAUUUUCAUAUUUUACUGUUUAAAAUGUCCUACGGGAAAAGGGGGAAAUAAAGGGAGAAGGGUUGGUUUUCACUACCAGGGCAUAAAAAAAAGAAAAAAAAGAAGAAAAAAAAUCCCGUUUUGCUAAAAAUCCUCUCUCCUCUGCACCCCUCCAUGCUGUCAAUCUCCGAGAAGUUAAAACGUGUGUGUGAGUGUGUGUUUGUGUGUGUGUGUUUGUUUGUGUGUGUGUGUGUGUUUGUGUGUGUGUGAGAAGUCCGCCUGUCAUGAUAUCAAAGGUCUUUGAAAGGGGAGGCGUUUGGGCAGAGAGUAGGAAGGUGCUGGGAUUGGUUGCUGUUACUGUCCGUCACUUUCUUCAACGUUAUCCUCCUGAUUCUCAUGGCUGUUGUGCAGGUGAAGGGGGCGGGGCCACAGCAGAGGGCUAAGGUGCUGAGUGACUUACUGUCCUGUCAGUUUGUGGGUCGCCUCCAGGGGGCGCACGGGUUGUUAGA